AUGGUAUCUUUCGAUGUGAUAUCACUCUUCACUUCCAUCCCACAACAUCUCGCGGUUGAAACUGCGCAAACCUUGCUGGAGCAACAUUAUAACGAGACGGACAACAAACUUAAGAUAAAACACCUUGUCGAUCUCCUGCAACAAUGCUUGAAGACCUUCUUCACCUUCAAUGGAACCACAUACGAACAAGUUAAAGGUAGACCGAUAGGGUCGCCGUUAUCCAGCUUGAUUGCAGUGUUACAACGACUGGAGGCACUGGCUUUUGACCACUACCGACCACGACUGUGGGUACGGUAUUUUGAUGACACGUUCGUCAUCAUCAAUCGGGACAGGAUUGGGGAAUUCACGCAACAUCUGAACUUGAUUUUCCCGGAUAUCCAGUUCAAGAUGGAAGAGGAAAAAGAUUGCCAUUUGCCGUUUCUCGACGUACUAGUCCAGAGAAAAGGCAAUGGGGGACUAAAAACAGCAGUUUACCAGAAGGCGACGAAUACCUCUCGUAUUCUGAGUUUUCUCAGCAACCACCCCCUUUCGCACAAACGCAGCUGCGUAAGAACACUCUACCGGCGUGUAGAAACCCAUUGCACAGAGCCAGCCGACAAGAAGGCCGAGGCGCAGUUCCUGAGGAAACUCUUCAUCACGAACGGCUACCCUGGGAAUUUCGUCGAAAAGUGCAGGCGAGAAAUCCGGGGAAGAAAAGCGAAGGGGCAUCCGAAACCGAAGUGCUGGCGCGCUGUGUCGUACAUAGCUGGUUUGUCAGAAGAAUUCGCCAGACUCGUGAGCGAAUUUGGGAUCGGCGUCGCGCACAGACUUGAAGCAACAAUCCGCCGGCAACUCAUGCAGCCCAAGGACCCGAUCCCCAUCAAUCAGAAAUCGGGAGUCGUUUACCGGAUAGACUGCAAUUGCGGUCAGGCCAGUUAUGUUGGUGAAACCGGCGAACAGGCCCGCACGAGAUUGCACGAGCAUGAAUUGGCCGUGAGACGGAACGACAAACUCUCCUUGGUGGCCGCCCACGCUUCAUCGCCAGGGCACGCCUUUGACUUCGAGGGCGUGAGAAUACUGGGGCAGUCAGACAAUCGAGCUGUUCGCCUGCUGUAGGAAGCGUGGCACUCAAUUGAGGACACGCUUAUCGAGCACUGCGUGAACAAAUCAGCAGCGCAGCUGGAGGUCAUCCCCGGCGGAGAUGAGCUAAAUAUGCAGUGAGUUGUACAGUAUUUUCAUUCCUUGACGAUGGGCUCGCGUGAGAGUUCGAAACGUCUGACAAAUAAACCAUUGGUCACAGCGAUCGUCUUCCCGUCUUCUUCUAUAUAUAUGCAUAUAUAUACGUCUAAUAGAAGCAAAGAGUUGAGUUCCAGGAAGUAGCCCGAAGAAGGAGACACAAUAAUUCAGUAGAUAUAAGGGAGAUAGGCAUAGCCUUUGAAAACCCUAUUUACAGACGCAGACUGAAACAUGUGCAUGUGCUUAAGUAGCUCUAUGGAUACAUUUUAUCAGUUCUUAUCAAAUAAAUUCAUGUCCAACAUAUAAAAUGCCAUCAACUCUUCUUUUAAACGUCUCAACGCUUUCUGCCAGAAAAACCGAAUUUGGUAGUUUGUUCCAAUCCACAAUCACCCGGUGGGGGAUGAAAUUCGCCCGCGCCUCAAGCUUGGCGUACUUUGUCUUCAGUUUAUAUCUGUGACCUCGGAGAUUUGUCGUUUGUGCCAGUCCAAAAAUCGGCAAAUUUGAGUGCACCGUCUACCCGUCUGACAAGUUUGAAGACCACGAUUAUGUCCCCACUGUAUUGCUUAGAAUAAAGAGUGAAAAGUUUGGGCCUUUCUAGCCGCUCCUCAUAAGGUGGGCUCUUCGGCCCACCGACUAAUUUAGUCGUUCUUCGUUGCACCUUCUCCAAUGUAAAGCAAUCUUGCUCCAUACAGGGACUCCAUGCCUGAGUGCCAUAUUCCAAAAUCGGCCGUAUGAGUGUUCUAAACAUUCGACCUAGAAAGCUUUCCGUCAAAGCUAAGGAGGAGCUCCUGAUCGCUCCAAGGAUGCCCAUAGCCUUCUUUUUUGUCGAUGGUUGGAACAAAACCUUUGUUACCAUGGCGUUUCGGAUUCUCACUCGAGUCCAUCAUCAGAGACGGAAUCAAAAUACGAUAGUGCAUCGCGCAGGUGGGCCGCUACAUGCUUAUCGCAGUUGGCAGUUUCCGAGUGCAUCACGGUUCGACUGGCCUGCUGCAUCCGUCCAGCAUAAAUUCUUAUAUAUAAGUCUAUAACUCGCAAAGUAGUUUCUACUGCUCUUUGUUUUCUCAGUUUGAUGUCUAACGUCUUUAGAAUGAGCGGAAAAUUUUGACGCGUUUUAUUAGUUUUCAGUGUUUUUUGUAGGACAUUUUCGGUUUAUGUUCGAUCCGUCUUACAUUUUCAAGUACUUUCGUUUAAUACGGCAUCUGACAGGAUGUCGUACCCGUCAUACAGUGUUCCUUUUCUCGUUCCCUCUGGCGGCGUCGGCAGUCGCCUAUCGCUUUGCUUUACAUUCCAACCCCAGACUCUCGAAAUAUUGACUUCUACAAAAUGAGUCAGAAGUCGCUUUGGAUGUGCGACUCUCACAUAUCACCAAAGAAGGAUGUCCUACGAUCAGGGAUUCUGUGGGUAAAUCGGUGAACUGUCAAGUCCAGGGCUAUACAACUCAUAUGCUUUUAUCUCUGACUGAUAAAUGUUCCGCCGGCUUUUCGUCCGAUGUUCAGUGAACAUUUCCGCUAUAAAAACUUUCACAGCUGUUUUGUGCGUGUUUCAGUGACUUAUUCUGGUUUAAUCCCAUGUAGCACAAUUGUACAUUAGUGCCUGAAUAACCUCUUAUCAUACGACUUGAGCAAGUAAGAAAGCUGACAGGUGCCACGAAAAUUUGGCGGCAUAAUCAAUCCGGGGUGUUUAGGGCGAUUGUCAUGUGGCUCUUGGAUGAUUGUCCUAUUCUGUCUGGCAUCUAUAAUGCGAUACCAUAUUAUAUGUGUUUUCUGCUGUCUUUUUUGAUAUUUUUAUCACCCAUCGACCCAACUCGAGCUGCCCAAGAUUUUACGGUGUAUCGAUUAGCACAAUAUGAUAUCCAGGGCUCGGCCAUUGGUACGUGUUUAAUUUGGACUUAUUCUCCCAGGAAGUCGGACCACUACUCUGUCCUGCGACAUACAAAUUGCUUCUUCCAGAACCUACGCAAGACGUUGUCCUAUCGUUAAACUUGCAGAGAUCACCGUCGAGGGAAUCAAAAACGCGAUAUUUAAUAAUGCCGGCGGCAUUAUUGUUUUACUCCCCUUCGACGAAUGGACAGACGGAUUGCGUUCGGUAUAUCUUCAAGUUUUCCCUCUUGACUUCCUUAAGCACUUGCACCACUUAGAAACGGAGCUGAGGUCGGAGGAGCUCCAGGCCCCCGUUUAUUUCGCAAUCGAGAACGAGUAUUCUAAAAAUAUAUACGCCGACCUCCAAAAGAUGUCCCACGAAUUAGAUCAGAAUGCAGGAUCAGGUUUGCUGUGUCGGGUUUUAGUCACAGAAUUAGGCAUUUUUGACGCUAUUUUUUCGACUGGUUACCGUGUGUAUAUCAACACCCCACCUCCAGCUCCUCUGAAGAAUGUAGAACUCGUAAACAUCGAAGGAAAACUAGUUUCUAACACUUUCGACACAAAGAAACCCACAGUGCUUUUGACGGCCUAUUACGACGCUGGUGGCGCUAUUCCCGUAAGUUUAUGCAAAACUUCUCAGUCUUUGAAUGUUAGGCAUUCUACCAUUACGCUCGUUUCUUGCUUUUUUGUUGUUGCGCAACCGAUAAAGCCUAAUUAUGCUUGCCAUUUUAAGUUUCCGACGUGAAAAAUCAACUUACCCGAACCCCUCAACCAUAGUCUUUGGUAGCAUAUGACUACCCAGGCCACUUACUACCAGGAUAUUUUUGGCGGUGCUGGAAGCGCGUGUUAAUGACAACUACCCGGUUCUGAUUAGCAAAAUUCUUCACUCAUCCACCACUCUCCCAUCGACUGUCAAGCCGAAAGCAUCGGUAGCCUAUUGGUAGCCAUGCAGCUCGUGACUGAGGUGUGCAGAAGUUCAGUUCCCCUUUGACGCGCAAAUUUUAAUCUACCGUGCGUGUGUCUGGCUAGUCCUUCUGCACAUUUGUGGAUGCUGGUUUGUGCUUGUGGAAGAUAACCAAAAACGGAAGGCAUUUGACCACCACAGCAUGUGAACCAUCCUCCAACUAAACUACACCGGUUUCGUCUCUUAUGAGACAGUCCGCACUCGCUGCGACAACAUUGCAAGGAUAUCCCAGGCCAUUCAAGAAAGACGACUACAGUGGUUCCAACACUUUCUCAGUCCUCUAUCUCACGAGCUCACUGUUGCUGCCCUCGACCUGGCACCGUCACCCACUUGUAGGUGUCCAAAAGGGAGCCAUUUCAAAGCCCUACACGACACAUGAAAGUGGUUCUCGGACCUUCGGCAUUUGGUAUCCUUCGCCGGCAAAGAGAAUGGGUUGAGCUGUGCAGAUCUGCAGUCGCGGAUCGUCACGCAUGGGAAAGUAUAGUCCAUGCCAUCAUCGAGGCCGGCUAGAUCAUACACGAUCACAGCCGUACCAAGUACAAGUACAGCAAAGUUAUUAUUUGAAGUCACCCGAUCCAGUCCGGUUACUCCAGCUCGGCAGUGGCCACCAUAUCACGUUGAGGAAGGCUUUCAACUAAUAAUUGUAGUUGAGAGUAGGUUUUUCAUCCUGCUGGUCGGUAACUAAUGUUGCCUCUUGACGAUAACCACAGAGGUGUUCGUAAAGUGCCCCAUCGGCAGUACGUAAGCUGGCCAGUCAUUAACUGGUUGCCUCAGAGAAAAUGCAUGAAUUUCAUAUUGUGAGGGCAUUUCCCACACCGUGUCACGCUGACCGCCAUGAUGUAGGUCUCGGGAUGACUACUUCCUUCGUUGAAAUCAGGGUUUUGUUGCCAAAAUGGCUCCCUACAAGGUAGCAGACGCUGAUUUAUGUCUCCCCCACAUGCGAUUGAAGGAGCGAGCGUUUCUUUGUUUUUAGUGUUUCUCUGAUGCAGCAUCUUCUUACCAGUCCCGUUCACUUUUUUAGAAAGUAGUUGUCGCAUCGCACCCGAGACUGAGGACUUUUGAUUGGGACAGUGUCCCACAUUCUAUACCUUAUGUGUAUCAGUGACUUCGCCCUGCCAGGAACACCUUUGACUAAAUACGGUCUCCGCUUUCCGUAUCCUCUUAGAUUCCGGGAACUUUGCUUAAAAGUGAGCGUCACUGAAACCAACACAAUUUAAAUUGUUUUCACACCGCAGAUAGUGUCCACUUCUUCUGGGAGGCUGCUGGGUGCGGUUACACUACCACUUCAUUUUCCAUCCAUGCUAUCGGCCACCGGGGUCAGAGUUUCCUAAGUGAAUUACGCUGGCUUCUCGAGUGAGAUAAUCCGUACUCUAUGGAAAACUGUCACUAGUAUAUCUCGGAACGUUUGUGAAAGAUAGUUAAGGCGAUUUUCGCGCGCUCUCCCAUCUACCCCACGAGUUCCCUGCCGCUACGCUAAAUCCGACAUUGAUAUCCCACAAGUUAACCCCGAUAACCCUCAAGGGACGCUUCUGUACAAUGUUCGAUUCCCGUGAUUUGUUUCUGUUCUAUAUGGUUACCACCGCAAGGUCUUUUUCCCCUCCUUGCUUUUAUGACAAUUGCAUCAGAUAGGCAUUUUAGCAUCACUUCUAACCAGCAUUAUCAUUCCCACUGGUAGAGAAGUUUUUACUCUCCAGUUUCCGUCUUACAUCCGUCUUUUUAAAAGUGGUCGGUGAAGCUCAUAAUUGCAUGAGACAUUGUCCCUUAGUUGCAAUGGCAGUGCUAACUUGCUUGAGGAAAGACUUUUCCUAUAAUUUAGGCGUUAGCUUACGGUGCUGAUGCAAAUGCUGGCGGCGUUGCAGUUCUCCUCGAAGUGGCACGCAUCAUUGGUCAACUUACGGACGCAAAAAAUGCUCCAAAGUAAGCGAACGUGCAAUGUCUAAAGUUGCAGUUUUUGAAAACCAUUCUGUUGCCUUAGUCGGAGAACUAUUUCUCGUGCAUUUUUAAAAUAGCGUUUUAUUUCACGUAGCCGUUUCUGGAAAAUAAUGACUGCUUAAAUACUUACUUUUCUAUAUUCGGUUGGUGAUCUAACACGCGAAAUAUGCCUGAUUUAACGAAAAAUCCCCAGCUAAUCCGAAAACAGCCCGAACGCAUCCACCAAAACACCGAACCUGUAGUUAACAAAACACUGACAUUGCUCGUGCUGUUAGUGUUUUGUCCGUUCUGUUCCUAAAUUACUUAUAAGCAGAAAAUAAACUGCAGAAAAGUAUGUUUUCAUGUGUUGAAAAUGUAAGGUGACCGUUCAGUGAUGGUCAUUUUGACGUUGACUUUUGCGGCGUUCGCGAAUCUCAGGACGACGUCGAAACGUUUAAACAGGGAUUGUCUGUAGGCGCUAUUACUGCACUUUGAGGCGCGCAAUCACACGGAUUUGCAAAUCCGACUUCCGAAAAUAGUUAAAACUUUUGGUUUUCUAAAAGUAACUUGUUUGUCUGCAACCUGCUUCACACGGUCAACGUAUGGCAGAAAGUCAACGUCCUAGUGCAGUAAGUCCUGUUUUCUGAAACUCGAGGCCAAAUUACUCUCCUCUCAAAGAAAAAACACGCUCAAAUGCAAAAAACUGAGUUUCCGUCAGCUGUUAACAUGGAUAAUCCUCUGGAAAUGUCGCAACGUAGAUUUCCACUCAAGUUUAUAAACACUCUGCCUGAUAAAAUUACUUAGACACAUGCUGCACGAAAAAAAAUACAUUUCCCGAGAGAAUCUGCACGAAUGAGCGAAAUGCCUAACGAUUAUCAUAUCAGUUUCCGUCAUUACGUUUCAUGAGUUAUGUCACAUAGUGUAAUUUUAGGCUGGCACCUUCCACCGUGUGGCUUAUCGGCUAGGCAAAAUAGACUAUUUUAAUUGAAAAGAGAAACCACUAAAUUCAUUUUUCACUUCUGCCAGGUAGCUUUUUGUUUAAGGCCACCGCUUGAAGCUUGCUCGUCAUCUCUUCCUGUUGACUUGUUGCCUUAUCUUUUUAGGUAUAAUAUAAUUUUCCUGUUAACCAGCGGAGGAAAGUUUAACUUCCUCGGCUCUAGGCGUUGGCUUGAAAUGAACUUGGAGGAUACAGCUGGCCUCGGUGAGUUAACGCUCCUUUCUGCUUUUUGAAGCCGUUGACUUUUCCACCGGAGCCUAAGCCACGUCCCUGUGAUUUACCCUUCUCACUCUCUCUUCGGGUAGACCACACUGACUUUGGUUCUAAAAAACCUUUCAAACCAUCCCUUUGAUUUGUUGACUGCUCUGCAGCACUCCUUGACUGCGCCUCCUGUCCUUAAUGUAAUCCAAAGCCAUCCCUACUGUCCAGCAAUCCUAGAUUCAAUCACUCAAGUCAUUUGCUUGGAGGGCUUGGGGGCCAAUUUUGAUGAUCGUCUGCGCCUGCACGUUUCUCGGAUGCCACGAGAUGGGAGCUUUAGUCAAAAGCUUGUUUCAGCUCUUGAACUCGCUGCGAAACUUCAUCCGCCCUCCGAUCCCCACCUCAAGGUACUAUGUUCCGCGAAUGUCACCAUUUUUGACUUGCUUACUGGUUUCAGCCUCGUCGGAGUAAAUUUCCAGUUAAAGUAACCCUUACUUCUAAGAAACCCCAUCGGUGACAACUGAUUCUUUCGACACCUGAUUCUAUCUCCCCACCCCCUCCCUCAGCAACCUUUUGACAACGAGACCCAAAUUGAAGUCGUCCACAAGAAGAUAAAUCUAAAUCAAUACGACCUGGCCUGGGAACACGAGCGCUUUUCUCUAUACCGUCUGCCCACGGCAACCUUCUCCGCGUGGCCUACUCCCAGUACAUAUAAGUACCGCCAGUCUGUCCUGGAUGGUGGACCUCUCUCCAGCCGGGCUGGUCCGUCCCGAGGCUAUUGGGGACCAGUACAACCGGAUAUUCUCGCUCGCAACACACGGGUCCUCGCGGAGGCGCUCGCGCGUCUUCUCUUUGAUGUUGGCUCUGACUCGCCGUCUGCGGAGGAAUUUCCACUUAUUGACCCGUCGGUAAGUUUAACUGCACCUGUUAACAUUGGUUGAAUUUACAGGCCAGCCCUGCCCCUGCCACAAAAAUGCAAUAUCACCCUGGUCCUGUCCUACCUAUUGCAACACGUGCUUAUUGCGUUGCUGACGUACAGCACGUUGUGGACUUGACUGACCUAAAAUUCGUGUUUGUGGUAGACUAGUUAUCUACCCUACAAGCAUCGGCAUCAAUGCAAAUAUUUUUUGAGAUUGGCAGGAUGUCCUCUCUCGAGUCCGGUCCCUGAGCCUUGGAUUUCAAUAUAGCUCCUGAACUCAAAUUAAGCUCGGCUGACGAGUGAAUUACGCCUACGUACGUAACCCAGGAACAACUUCUUAAGUUUCCCUCUUCUUUUUUGCUGUGAACUAAUUUCUGCUUUUGUGCGACCGCCCAGGAGCACACAAAGCGAGUUCUUUCAUCGUACAGUCAGAUCAACGAAAUUCAUCAUCCAUAUUGCGCAGACAAUUUUCUGCGCUUUUUUCCGAAAAUGGGUUUACCUCGAUACCUGGGCACCAGUAGCGAGCAGUUCCGACGCUUCUGGAAGAUGUGAAGAAGUAAUUCCCCUUCGUUUUAAUAGUAUUUCAACGAAAAUACCUCCAAAUUUUCUCAUGAAAAGAAAUUCCGCAUUUUGCCUAAACUUAGGGUGUGCGUAAACAACCUGAUCAUUUAACCUCGUUAGGUGGUUAGGAUUUUAGUUUUGACAUUGCCCUAUCAAAACGCAGCUGUUGUCACGCCAGACCGUUUGACGAGUUGCGUCUACUCAUGUACGUGUACUUGCGUGUGGCACAAAUUUGAUGGAGGCCCACCCCGCAUUAGCCACCAGACCCCAUGCCUUCCCCAACCGACUUGAUUUUCGCGGGCUUCUGGCAUAUGGGAGAGAGAGAAAAAGGAGUCAGGUCGAUCCUAGUCUGACCACUCGUUUAGCCCUCACUAAAUAACUAGACCUGCUUUGAAACCAUCACGACUUGUUCUUGAAGGACUGCCAAUCGACUAGAUAAAUCGCACCUAAUUAGACCUGAGAGCCAGGCUGCGGUGGCCUUAUCUUGGUGUGACCUUCGUGGCACUCACUUGUGCUUGACUCAUGAUCCCCAUUAAGGGUGGUUCGUGCAUUGCAAGCUUGUCCGCAUUAUAAACGAACCCACAUGCGUGUCACGGCAUCGCCUGCCCUUUGGCGCAGUGGUGGGCGUUGCCUCACAGGAUGGUUGAGCUGUUGGUGAAGAACACACGUCGGAUCAGACAAGAAGGCUUCGUUGUCAUUAGAUCCGAAUUAGAUAAAUCUGUUUCUUCAGUAAUUUGACCAGUGAACCGCCUGAUUGCUGGAAAAUUCCAUUUUGCCACGAUGCGAAUCAGCAGCCUUAUACUCACUUUGUUAUUCGAAUGAUUAUCUCUAAGCUCCUCCUCACCGCACAACUCAAAAGCUUUUGUUGAACUCUCUUUUUUCCGUAGUGGGUCACAGCCACGUCAUCGGCUGCUAUCCUAGACUUUCUGACAAUGCACCCCCGAAGCUUGCAACUGCUAGCUGCUUCAACGCACACCGGUUCCGCUGCAUCGAGCAACAACGGGCUGGAUCUCAUCCAGUCAUUGGAGCAGCACAUGCGUUCCAUCCUGCCGGAGGUGAAGCUGUUACGCCACCCUCUUUCUCGACCCGCUGCCGCCUCCGCGUCAGGUGCUCGCACCGGCUCAGACCCCGCAGACAAGACCGGUACCGAUGCUGGUGAAGAUGUCAGCCUUUCCACCGCUUCUCAGGUUCCCAGUAUGGCUGCUGCAGCCAAGGAGGUUGAGAUCACGCUCUACUCCGGCGUAGCACCUCAGAUUGUUACCGUCUAUAGGUAAGCCAUUGUUGUGUCCCACCUCCCUUUGUUGUUAGUCCACCCCGACCCAUGAAGAACGGUUUUGGUACUGAAACUGACAUGUGAACCGGCUUUGACUGGGAAGGGGUUUCUUGAUCUUAUCCUCCCGCUUUCCUCAGCUCCAAACCAGUCCCAGUAGCAGGGCAGAGUAAAAGAAACUUAAGUUAGGACUUGGGCACUGGGUUUGGCCCUGAUUUCACCGCUCUGCAUGUGUCGAAAACAUUGCUGACUCGAUUUCAUAGCUACUAAACUGUCUGCUGUUAAUCACGUCUACGCAAUCGGUCGAACCCUAUUUCGCAUGUUUAUAUAGGCAUGCAUCGGGGGGUUGGGGUUAGGAUUCGCUGGAUACCAUAAUAUGGUCUUGUCCCGCAGUGCUUUGCGGAUAGUGACUUGACAGCUACGGGCAGAGGUUAGUAGGCCAUGUGCAAUCGUUCGGUGAUAGAUAAUUCGAUUAAGGAAGCGGCCUCUCCAUGAGUACCCUGCCCACGUCGACGUACUCACGAUGUACAACUUAAAAGCCCAGUUUUAUAUAUAUUUCUCAUCUUCUCUGCUGCGCAGCGUCCACAGCCCACGCCCUUGUUUAUGCUGCAAGUUUGGGUGGAAAACGUGUCAUUUGUGAUAUUGUCAUAAGCCCCGGCUUAACGUGAGGACUGGAAGAUUAAUAUGAGUUGAAAAGCCUAACCACUACUUUAGUUGCCUGACCUUUCGGACCUUUGUGUGUGCCCACCGCCGGAGACAACAGGAAAAAGCAGCAAAUAACUGGUAUUUAGUACCUAACCGCGUGUUAACUGUUUGUUUUUUAAAUUAAAAUCGUACUCCAUAGAUGUUUUGGCACAUUUUGAAUAUUUCAUAUUGACCAAACUGUGAAAAACUCGGCGCCUCGGUGGGAUUCAAACCCACGGAGUAAGGGGAAGGCAUUAGUACAGCCAACGCUCUAACCCGAGUUUUCCACAGUUGGGUCAAUAUGAAUUAUUCAAAUCUGCCAAAACAUCUAUGAAUUACGUGAGCCUGGUAGUCUUCUGGUGGAUUCUAGGUGAAUUACUUAGGAAAUCCUGCUUGGGCAGUCAACUUGCUCGAUCAGAUUUGGGGGAUUCCAGACGUUGCGGUGGGUUGGGCGGGUAACUUGACCCACAUGUGAUUAAACUCGCGUCGUCCGGCGAGGUCUCGUAGCUCGGGUGGUUAGGGCGUUGGCUGUACUGAAGCCUUCCCCGUACUGCGUGGGUUCGAAUCCCACCGAGGCGCCGAGUUUUUCACAGUUGGGUCAGUAUGGAAAUCGCACUCAUCACCUAGAAAUGAGUCGCUCAUUCUUCUACCUCACAGAAGCACAUACUUCAGUAGAUUAGGGGAAGCGUCUUCUAAGUCAACUUCCAUUCUACCAAAGGCAACAGUUAGGAUCACUGUUUUAAAUCGAUUUCAGUUAGUGCUGGAAAUCUCAAGAUAGGUGUUUUGUUAAUUAACACGUGCUUUUAUAUCUUUGAAUGUCUUAGAGAAAUACCUUCAACUCCAUUUUCUAGACUUAAAUCCUCGGUCUUCGAUUUGGUGAUUGCUUGUUCCAUUGGAGCCUACCUCUACUGCCUCUACUUCUGUCUGGAGGUGAGUGCCCGCCGCCUGAACUUGUGAUUGUCGAGUUACUAUUCGCUCUUUCGACACCCGCUGAAAUUGGAUGGCAUGUCUACUCUGAAUCAUCUAGGACUGGUUUAAAUCCUCAUAGCCGUCCUUAUUUGCGAUUUCACAGUUGACACAUUUGUCUGAGGAAAAGCCAUGAAGCGUACUUUCUGUCUAGACAUUUUUCAACGUCUUUGUCCAGUAAUCGCCCGUGCAGACUCGUCAUCUCAGUGUCUUGCCCCUGGUUUAGGCUGACGGUGAAGUUGGAGUCGCAUGUUGCAUGUGUUCUUCACGGAAUCCUUCCAAAUUCUCUUAACCCCGGGAAAAUUGUUUGGAAAUCGCCCUAGUCACUAGUCAGCCCGCAUGUUUUUUAUAGGUGGACUUCGCGUGUCUGCGUUUUCUGUUAGAUCUCAUGCCUCCGGUUUAUAGUUAUUUCCAUCUUUACCACUGUUAAAUUCUGUCGUUUGUGGUAGUCAACCCAGCUUGGUUUUUAGGUAACUUAGCGUCUUACUUAAUAGGACCCUUCAGCUGGGGAAUGCACUUCGCUUAAGUUUCAGGGUCUUUUCCACUCACAAUUCUCACAGUAGUGACGGUAGUCUACGACCUGCGAAGAGUUUAACAAUCAACACGCAUGAUACGCAUAGUUUCCAUUUUAAGUUUUUUUUACCUGUAUCUUAGAUUCUUAAACGCUUCUCAUCACGUACACGCUCUUUUUACAAUACAGUUUAUUUCUGUAAUAGGAGUUUGCAUGUUUCACUCGGAUUAUCCUAUUGGUUGAAAGUAAGUUUAAAUCCUGAACUCUCUGAAACUGUGAGGCUUUGGAAAUUCCUCGCGGGCGCGGCAGAGGAUGACGCACAUGUUCAAUUAUUUGACUGAGCUUAUACAAAUAAACGCAUAUUAUCAGUUCGUAAUAAUAGUAAUAAUAAUAUUAGGUUGUUUGGAAAAUACUGUCUAAUUCCAGAAACAAGCAUUCUUGAAAAGUUUGGCACUGUGUGUGCUGGAGUUAGUCAAUGCAUCUCGGCAUGAGUAAUCAACUCAAUUUCUGCCUCAUCAAUAAAAAUCCACUGGAUUUGGUGCUAAGAAAUCUUGGAAUCCAGCUUCCAACUCAGCUUUGUUCUUGGAAAUUCUGUUGCUUAAAAAGUUCUUGGAUGUUUGAAAAAGUUGCUGUCAGUGCGUGAAAGAUCGAGAGAGCAUAGAGGGUAUAGUAAAGUGUCGUAUCCCAAGUCAUUGAGUUUCUGCAUUGUCAUCCUGGCAACAUUUGGCCGUGCGUUGUCGUGGGGCAGAAUUGCGCCUCGUCGACUCACUAGUGCAGUUCUCUUUUUUUUUCAAGUGAACAUGUAUUUCUUCGAGUUGCCUUCCGUAAGCCUCUGUCGUGAUGCUCUUAUUAACCUCCAGAUAGCUGCGCUGAACAACACCAAUAGCAGACAACCAGACCGUCACCAUGAUCUUCUGUUGAUGUAACUUCGAUUUUGUGGAAUGUUUGGGUGUUUUUUCACGAUCAGACAUUGCUCUAAUCGCCCCCGUUUAUCAUAAAGCAUCCACCAUAUCACCAUUUGAUUAAGAAAUGCAUCAUUAGAGUUUUGCUGAGAGACCAUCGACCACACUUCAGAACGCCGAACUCUGAGCACAUGUGGGACCUAUUUAUGGGGCUUUUUCGCCUUACCAAUUUGCAUCAUAUGGUCGGACAUCGUUGAAAUACUGACAUCAAGUACCCCAGGCAUUUCUCUGACACGUUGACGUGGGUAUUCUCCAACAGGGGCUUUCAAAAGCUCAUUUUCAAGAGUAAAUUACUGUCUUCAUCUUCAAGGCUCUCAUUGCCACUACAGAAUUUCUGAAACCACCUUCGUACUGUCCAAUCACUUUUGGUCCUUUUUUCCAUGUUUUAUUCAUAGUAACGGCUGUUUGGGAAGCAUUAUGACCGAGUUUGAGCUCAUUCGAGAAAAGUAAAUGCAUUUCUCCGUCUUUCAUUUUCGUUAUUAAGGGCUUAUAUGCUUCAACAUUGGACUCCGGAAGAAAUUACAGAAGGAUUAUUAAAAAAUACACACCAACUAUUAAGCACGUUAACUUUUGGACAAAACACUGCAAAAACAGCGAUUACUUUCAUUUUUCAAGGGCACGUCUAAAAAAUCGCCCAGUAUUUUCCGAACAACCUAGUAUCUGCCCACCACCACGCCAGGACCCUGACUAGUCUUCCGUGGCGUUGUCUGUAGCAUUUUAUGUAAUGCGGCUUUCAGUAUUUAGGGCCGCAGUGUGUAACCACAGUUUUGGGAUGUUGGAAGGCUCACUUUUGCUUAGUCGACGACAGUGUAACUCAAACGUUCCAAGGGACUGCCAUCACUAGACUCCAGGCAAUAUUGGCCCACCUCGACUUUUCCCUUAAGCAGAUACGUUUGCGUAAAUGGGCCCACAAUAUUCGGUGCGCACGAAACGUGGCCUCCCACUUUCCCGCUCGCAGUUGCAUGAUGAUCUUCUUAUUAACUGGAAUAAUCUAUUAAAUGAAGCAGAAAUUGGCCAAUCAGAAUAUCUUCCUGUCGACUUUUUGUUGGGAAAAUCCGCCCAUUUAGCAUUAUGGGUAUUACCUAAAUACUCCUUUAGUAUAGUGUUUUUAUGGGAACUUAGUCCUUCUUGAAGAUUGAGGUGUAAAAUCAGGCGCUUUUCAAUCGCUCAAAAACUCGGAUAUUCUCAUGUUCGUGAUGCUGCUUACAGAAAAGGCUAACCUUGCCUGUUAGACGUACCUCUAAAAAAGUAUAACUGCAUGGUUCCGUAACCUUAUUAAAACUUAAACCCAUCAAAGGGACCAUCUUCUCGUACAUCCAUUUAUCAAGGCCAGCUAUCCGCACACUUAAAACUAGGAAAUUCCGACAUCUCCUGGUUAUGGCUAAAGUUUUUCCUACAUUGAUAAAGUGUUUCGACUAUUUUGACAGAGAAUGUACGUAAGACACUUCUUUCUUACAUUUUAGCGUUUUCAUCUGGUCGUUCGACUCCUGGCCUAUCUCACGAACAAUUCGGGCAAGAAGCUCAAGGCCUAUUAG